CAACACGGAAAUACGAAUUGGCACGGGCUGCAGGCUGCGGGCAUCACCUACUCUUAUCAACUCACUCACUCACUCCGUCCCACUCCCAUAGACUUUGUCAGAUUCUUCACCUAAUUCAAACUUCCCAAUACAAGGAAAGACCCUCUUUGUCUCAUUCUCCAAUCUCCUACCGUGUGUUCUUCAGUCCUGAAGAUCAGAAUCCCCCCAAAAAGAAAAUCCUAAAAACCCUAGCCAUGAAUCCCACACUAGCCACAUUAUCAUCACCAUCCCCCUCUUUCCUCCAUUUCAAGUCACUUUCUUCUUCUUCAGCUUCAUUUCUCACUUUUCCCUCCCCCAAACCCCCCAGGCUUAGGGCUUCUUCAGCCAAUCCUGAUUCCAUUCCCAUUUCUAAUCCUAACAACAAUAACCAACCCAUCGCUCAAAAGCUCCAAUCCUUCGCCAAAACUGCUAUUUUACUUGGUGCCACCACUUUGAUGAUUGGGAAAUUGUCCCACUUCCCUGCCAGAGCUGACUCCCCACCAAAAAUGACUGAACAAGAAACCACCGUUAUCGAAGAAGAAGAGCAACGGGAAGAAAAAAUCCAAAACCAAAAACAAACUUCCCCACUUUCUGAGUUUCUGGAAACUAACAAUGAAGCCAUUGAAUCACUGAAGUCCCUUUUACAACAGAAGCUCGAAAGCGGCGAAGACGAGGAAGCUCUUACUAUCUUGAACCGUUUGGUUUCUGCUCAACCACAGGUAACUGAUUGGAAAUUCUUGUUAGCGAGGUUGUUAAAGGAAAUGGGUCAAACGGAGAAUGCACGUAAAGUGUUCGAGGAAAUUCUUCUGUCAAAUCCACUCUCUUUUGAGGCUUUGUUUGAGAAUGCUUUGUUAAUGGACCGUUGUGGGGAAGGAGAAGCCGUGAUCAAGAGGUUAGAAGAGGCUUUAGUGAUUGCCCAAGACGAGAAGAAAGUCAAAGAAGCAAGAGAUGUUCGACUGAUUAUGGCGCAGAUACAUUUCUUACAAAAAAACUUGAAGAAAGCUUUGAGGAGUUACCAAGAGUUAGCCAAAGAAGACCCGACUGAUUUUAGGCCGUAUUUUUGUCAAGGGAUGAUAUAUAGCUUGCUUGAUAGGAACGCUGAGGCUAAAAAACAGUUUGCAAAAUAUAGGGAGCUUUCACCAAAGAAGUUUGAGGUGGAAGGGUAUUUGAGGACAUCUUUAUCAAGAAUGAAAUUGUUUGGGACUAAUGAAGAUAAUUGAGUUUUGGGAAGCUUUUUUUUCAAAAUUAUCUGGCAUUCAGGUGGUAAUACAACUCUUGGGAUAAUCGUUUGCCUUAUUAGUGUUCCUAUUAGGCCUUUAAACUUGAUUGAAAAUGGUGUUAAGUGAUGUUGAAACUUUGAUGCAAAAGUUUCCGAGGAUACUUAGAGAAAUAAGGAGAUGAGAGGGUUUCUUUUCUUUUAAAGGAAUCAGUUGUUUGAUGACAGUUUUUGGCUUCAAUAUUUUGCUUAAUUUGAUGGUUUUUUUUUACUAUUUUUUCUUGUUUCUUGUUCUCAUUAAUUGGAUCAGUUUAUGAGAAUGGAUGCGGUCAAAUUUGGGAUGAUGUUAUAAAUGGUGUGUGCGAGAGACAUUGGUUUUUUUUUUUU